AUGCGGCGGUUGAGAUUCUAUGUAUUCGUAUUCCUGUGGCUUUGGCCACCUCUGGCGGCUUUCGGCCGAGACGACCUCCUCAAGCUGGAGAUUCCAGAAAACCACGGCACUAAGGAGCUCUACAAAGCAUUCAAAUCUGAACCCAAGGAGGAGCAUGUAGAAGAGCGAGUGGGCGAUUUGGUGGCAUCGGCGGCAUCGCAGGAGAGCCCAAAGGAGAUUGACCCAUUCACUUCAAAAUGCGUACGCGACUUUGCGCAGCCGUGUCCAGAUGGUUGGACUAAGGUUGGCGACAUGUGUGAGGCGCCAGCCUCGUACAAGGGAGACUGCGCACGAUCGGUGGACACCAGCGAAUUCACGGUAGAGCGCAAGAUGCUCUUCAUGGAAGAUUGCAAGGUGGAAUGGCCCUGCAAGAGCGCAGUCGACAGAACCGACACGCAGUACUGUCAGGAUACAGAAAGAAACUUUUUGCAACCCUGUCCGGAGAACUUCCUGCGGCAUAAGCAGGAUUCCGGUUAUGUCUGCGUGCCCGACUUCUCUGGAUACAUGGGACCGUGCAAUUCAAUAGUGGACUUCACCGACUUCACUAGGGAGUCCAAGAUGAUAUGGGCGCAGACGUGCGGGACCACGUGGCCGUGCAUGACCGUUUGCCCGAAGGUUUUCGAUCGAUGCCCACUGGACUGGACCGUGGCACCGGACGGGGCGUGUGACGCGCCGGCAUCGUACAAAGGGCCGUGCGAGAAACGCGCUUACUUCACGUAUUACACCCAGGAGAUGAAACGCAAGAAACUUCUGGAAUGCGACAUCCCUUUCGAAUGCAGCUCCGACUGCAAGCGUGACUACAACCGCUGCCCGGUGCUCUGGAAAGAAGAGUCCGGUGGAUAUUGUGUGCUUCCUAGCGGCGCAUUCGGCUGCCGCGACAUUUUGAUCGAUAUUAUGAAGCAGGCUGGCCGACCUCAUGCUACCUUGGGCAGCAAUGCAUUUGAUUUGCGAUCACUGGACAUCGAAUCAAAGAAGCUGUUCGAGUCCAAGUGCAGCAACGUGGUAUUUCCGUGCAUGGAGGACGAUGACGGUAUAAAUUGGUCGCUCCAGUGCCCCCGAGGUUGGACCAUCAGCGCGGAAGACCUCCGCAGCUGCCGCCCUCCGAAAGUAAACGAUGAGGAUCUGUGUAAAUCGCAAGUCAUUUUCAACGACGAGGAGGAGAAACGCGCAUUUGCUUCCCGAUGCCAGAUCAACUGGUCAGGAACAAACGAGCCCACAACGCCAACUGCCGCCACUACCACAGCUGUAAAAGAGCAGGAUCACGUAAGCGGUCCAGUAUCAGGUAUUUGCAACCUAUUCCUCGCUAUAUAUUCGACCACAGACAUUGGAAGCGUUCACGCAAUAAGCAAGACACCCGACCAGGCACCGUCUACGCCGCAGGAGGCCGAAAUGCACCAAACCAGAUCAGCGCGAAAGAAGUUACCUAGAGAGAAGGCGGUGUCUGCCAUUCGUGCGGUGUUGGACGUAGGCCCUUACGUCGUGGGGCAAACGCGCUCCCCCAAUCGCAGGCUCUUCAAGGGGUUCACCCGAGAAGUCCACUUGUUGCCAGGCUCCACGUAG